CUACCACCCGUGAUGAUGGACCGCCUGCUGACUUGGACACCACCACCCCCUCGAGGUCCUAGGAACCACACUUUACUUUUUUUUUCCUACGGACAAGACUUCGUGCCCUGGCGUCUGAGUCCUUCGUGUUCUGGUUCUGGCACCUAGUCCAUUGCGUUAAGUACUGCAAGGUGCAGGGUCAAUUCAAUUCUGAUUGGAAAAGCGCUCUCGGCAAAGGUCGCGGAGAUUUGAUCCAGACUUGAAGCGUGGAUCUCUAGACAAUUUUAUAUAUUAGCUCCCAAGUUGGAACCGAAACUCGUCUUGCCGACAAAGCACCGGUGCACAGCUCUCGUCGCUCCAGAUGAUGAAGGGGCGCGAAUCUCUUUCAAAUUUUCGGCGGCGGCGGCGUUUUUUUUUGGUCUCGACAAUCAAUUCGCGGCGCAGCAUUUAGGUGCUGUAACACGUGUUACUCAGUGAUGAGAUCCAACCGAGGGCGCGCCAUCUCUUUUCAAGUUUCUCACCAGCCCUUGGGAUACGGCGCCCGAGCUCAGAUUCUCGCCCGGAUCAAAUUGAGGGGGAACACAGCUAGGUCUCGGAGUGGAGUAGGACUGCGUCUCCCUUCAAGAACGGGAUCUGACAAGGCAAUUUAUUGUCCCGAUACAGUGGCGAUUCACGGACGCUAUUGCUAUCUAUCCCCUUGGCGAUCGAUCAUGAUCUUGUCGACGGUGUUGAUCGGGAACUGCCAGGGAUUUUUUUGUGCCAAGGCCGGCGGCAAAAUUGAGCUGGGGGAUAAUAGCUUGCACCAUUCGGUGACCAAGGUAAUGAUUUGUCGAGGAUUAGGACCAUGGAGUAGUAACCCAAGAAGGUUCAUCGUCGAAAAGCAGCCGCUUGAGGUUAGGCUGGGCAUGACAUCACGUCGACUCGGAGAUUACACCCGAUGUUCAUGUCCAUUAACAGACAGGAAGUUACGCCACACUUCUUUUCAGCCGCCCCUCGAAAUGCAUUUCUGUAAUAACGUAUCUCUCUCUUUCUUGCGAGUCUUCGAUAGAAAAGUCAAAACGUCAGUAAGAAACAUUCCUCCGAGAUCUAUACCGUUCUACGUGAGAAAUGAAAAAAAUUAAUUGUGCAGGUUGACGGCAUGGGAUUACGAAGGGUUGAGGAAGGGAUGGCCGAGCGUCGUGCUUCGGGUCGCGCUUAGAGCGCGUCGCCGGUCACGUGAACUUUAGGGCAAGACGAGAGGACCCUCUUUCCUGUUGACCA